GUGACUCUACAAAAGAGUGUGCAGAAACACACAUCUAGUUUCUGUUCAGAAAGGAACUGCUACCACACCAGAGCACAUGGUUCACAUCUGCACACGAGGACAUUUUAUUAAAGGAUUUGUGACGAGUUGAUUGGUGCACCGAACGAAUCCACGACUGUCCUUCGUGUACAACUUAAUAUUAAGCUCGGAAUAAUGGAUUCGGAGAAGGAGCUGAUUGACAGUAAGUGUGAGCAGAACGCAGCAGGUCAACAUGACACCGUGCUUGUGUUAAGUGACAUAAAGGAGUCUGAAAGGGUGGGACGUGUUUGCCGAACUCUAAAAUAUCAACCGAAACGGGUUCAGAGAUCUGGUGCUGAAAAGGUGUGCGACUUUACCGCUGACCUCAUCGUCAAAGAUACAGAAGAAGCGUCUAACGAACAGCACGUCUGCAGGAUCUGCGGCGCCGUAAGUACCUGCAGAGCCGAACUUGAAGCACACCUGAAGGACCAUAAGGUCGGCAAGACCGGCUACGGACUCAGGAGUAGACCGGAAAAGAACUAUAGUGAGGAGAGAGAAGAGCAGACGACCUCGGAUGAGAAGGAUCCAACGCUCGAGAGUCCAAAUCACGACACGCCAUUUCAGCAGAGCAAAAAUAUUUGUAAUCUCUGCGGUAUGGAAUAUCUCCACAAAGCCAAGCUCAUUGUCCACAUGAGGAUCCACACUGGAGAAACGCCGUACAAGUGUAAAGAAUGUGGAAAGGGUUUCAGACGCAGCGACUGGUUACGAAGCCACGUGAAAACGCAUGAAGGCAAAAAAGAUCCUGAGUACAGGAAGAAUCUGUACGCAUGCGACCUCUGUGACAAGGUCUACAGCCGCAGAGAUACACUCUUUCAGCACAAGCGCAAACACACACAGACACAAGUGCAGACACAAGUGCAGAAACCUUACCCCUGUGCUAUAUGCCAGAGGCACUUCUCCAGUAAAGCCUACCUCAGAAAGCAUUUAAUGCGCCACUCGGAUGACCGUCCGUACACGUGCUCCGAAUGCGGACACGGCUUCAAACGCUCAGGCACUCUUAAAAAGCACAUGCGCAUCCAUACGGGAGAAAAACCCUACUCGUGUAGCUUCUGUGGGAAAAAGUUUGCGUACAAAUACUGCCUUGACAUGCAUAUGAAAAGAUCCCGGUGUAAGCGCUCACGAGCUGAGAAUAAAGCAGCGGGAAGAAGAAGAUCAAGAAACAGAUCGAAACUGGACUGAAUAGCUUUGGCCUAAUCGUGAACUUUUGUUUUUGAUUUUUCACAACUCUUGAUAUUCAGACAUAACUGCUAAAGCCGUAGUACCUUUUCUAACUUUGUACGGGAGCAAGCACGCAAAAGAAAUGAUACUAGCUUCUCCUUUCUGUCAAUAGCACAGUCCAAGUUUGACAGACCUGUUAAAAACAGUACUCGCCCUAUGAUUUCAGUGCAAAAGACAGAAAUAGCACAGAGUAAUGACACAACAGAAGUUAGUGAGGAUCCAGACAAACAAUGUCCCUUGCAUAAAAAAACGCAUCCCCCCAGGAGAUAUUGCAGUUUCCGCAGCAAUUCCCUAGAAGAGAGAAAAACAUAUCUGAUGGAUAAAAACAUAUGCAUUGCGCAUCAACCAAACACCAAGCCAAGAAGUGUCAGAUCAAAGUCACCUGCAAAGAAUGUGGGAGCGAAAGACACAAUACAGUGUUACAUCUAGGCCCACCCCCUCCUAACAGCAUCACACCACCGACAGAGGCGAAACAGCAUGGCGUGGAGCCUGAGCUUAGCACACCAACAGGCUCAGCUACAGCAAUGUACACAGAGGUAUGUGGCGAACAUCGUGGCUCAAGGUCUUGUGCUAAAAAAGUGUAUCCAUCUGAGGGACCUCAGAGGGACAAGGCAAUACUGUAAACCUGUCUCCUGCCCGCUCUAACUUUUUCGACAUCUUUAGUGUAUACCUUAAAAACAUGUUCAGGUAUCAUGGAAGUUAGAGGGAGAAAGGCUAAAGACUUUAUUGUCGAGUCUAUAGAUGGUCACAUAAAGGUGCCACUGCCCCCGAUGAUGGAAUGUGACAUGAUCCCAGAGGAUCGCUCAGAGAUACCCUCGCCUGAAGUCGCCCAAUACCACCCACACUUAAAGGCGCUCUCGCACAAGAUACAUGCUAUAGAUUCAAAUGCACAAAUACUGUUGCUCUUGGGUAGACACAUCCUGAGUUUGCACAAAGUGAGAGAGCAGUGCAAUGGUCAUCAUAAUGCACCUUUCACCCAGCGCCUUGACCUCGGCUAGGUUAUUGUGGGAGAUGUCUGUUUGAAUGGUGCACACAAACCAAGUUCUGUCGCAAGGUACAAAACAAACUCAACGGUCGUCCAUCGUACCUCAGUCCAUGUACCAAUGUCCUGCAAAUAAAAGAAAAAUCUGUAAAGGAACUAAAGGAUCUGCACAGAUACUUACCAGGCAAUACAAAUAGACAAUCUUGGGGACAAUAUCUUCAUCAAGAGGGAGGAUGAUAAAGUUAGCACCUUCACAACAGGAUGUGCAAUUUCUCACAAUAAUGCAGAAAGAAAUGCAUGAGACCAACAGCUGGGUUGCACCACUUGCCUUUGUUACACCCAGACAACGUCUACCAAAUAAUCGAGAUCAGGCUUUAAAAAGACUCGACACACUAAAAUUAAGUCUCGUCAAAAAACCUGAGAUGAGAGAGCAAGGACGCAGAGCAUUUCGUCACCAGAAACGUUUAUGUGGACGACGGUCUAACCUCACUUCCAAUUGAACUUGAAGCAAUCACUCCUGCAAAAAACACAAAAAAAUGUUAGCUGAGUCAUGUUAGCUUUUUUCAAAAACUUGCCUCAAACAGCAGCAAGGUCAUGGAGGCGUUCCCAGCAAAUGACUUGGCAAAAGACAUCAAAAGCCUUGACUUAGACACUGAUCCAUUACCUGUGCAAAGAAGCUUAGGCAUCAGCUGGAGUCUUGAAUCUGAUACUUUCACAUUUCAAGUCUCUAAAGAACAAAAACCAUUCACUAAACGAGGCGUGCUAUCCACUGUUAAUAGUUUGUACGACCACGUCGCCUAUAAUGUUGCGCCUAUAACUACAGGGAAAAGCACUCAUAAGAGAACUAACCUCCGAGCCAUGUGACUGGGACGACCCCCUAUCGCCAGCUAAAGAAAGACUAUGGUCUGUAUGGAGAGACUCUCUUCUCGAGUUAGAACACCUACACAUUCCCAGACCAUACAUACUAUUGUCUCUUUCCUCAACACAACACAGAGAGCUGUGUGUCUUCAGUGACGCCUCAUCCACAUUUCCGGUAAAUUUCCGGAAACUUUCCACGGGAACUUACUCUGGGGAAUUUUGGAAAUAUUGAAAAAAUUGGAAACUUUACGGGAAUUUAUGGCAAUUUAUGGAGAUUUCCGGGAAUUUAUGGGAAUAUACAGGAAUUUAUGGGAAUUAAUUGGAAAUAUAGGGAAAUUUAUAGAAACUAUAUUAUAUACAAACAUAAAUAAACAUUUUGUUUGGUCAUAAGCAGACAUGCAUGCAAGGUAAUACAAAUUUUAAAAAUGACGUCUUGACUGAUUUAAUUGUAAGUAGAACUUUAAUUGAUUAUUUCAUUGAGUAACAAAAGCAUACUAAACAUUAUUAGGCUUGUAAUAAACAUAAUAAACUUAAUAAUUGUAAUAAACAUUAUUUU